GUUUACAGUCGAUGUCUCAAUAUCAAAUAGAAUUAGGGUGCUUCUCAAUAUCCAUCCUCGUUUCCUCGCUCCUUCGAGACGAGCUCAGAGCUCAAUUCCUCAAUUGCACCGAGCGAACUUUUGGCUCAACCGACUUCCAUUCAUACGCAUGCGGAAAAGACAGACCGGAAACCCAAGUUGCGCUGCUUUCCAAAGUUUUGUGAACUCUGACAUCGCGCGACUGCCAGUUUAUCCACGGCGCGCGCGCUUUCCGUCUUCACGCGGUGACUUACGUCCGGCAGAAAUGGAAGAGGCGCUAAUUUUGUGUCAGUUUAUGUUUGUUUACUUUUUUGUUUGACAUAAAAUUGUUUACACGUCGUGGCCGAAGGGAGACAUGGCUCUUGGUGUCAUAUCCUGCAGCCCGUCCAUAUCUGUAUAAUGUGAGAACGUUAUGCUGCUGGACCGCUCACUUUGAUAUUUUUGGGACUGUUUUGCAAACUUUUGUUCAACUUGUCGCUUUUUGAAAUCCAUACUUUCAACUCGACACUCAUGGGGAACAAAGAAAUCGAUGCAGGUUUGGAACUGGGGGUGGACACAUUAAUCUUAGGAAAAGCAAGGAAGAAAACCUGCCACCAGCUUACUUAAGUGGUUGGAAAAAUCUUUUGUCCUGAUUAAGGGGAUGGCCUUUUCUGAAAUGGGCAGAUUUGCCAACAUGACAGGGUGGACAACAAUUCAAGGGACAUGGACAUUCUUCUUUUUGAAAUAUGUGAGUCAGUGACAGUAUAAUCUGUUGAAGAGCUUUAUGACAAACUAGAUGAGCCAGAAGAAAGCAGAAACUAAAGGAAGUCAAGAUGAGCAACACCACUCAAACUAAAGUCAACGUUGAUCAGAAAGCGGAGAAAGGAGGAAUUUUAAAUGGUCCUAUACUCACUGAAAACACUAUAGAAUCAGUUACUAUCAACUUCAUCACUGCAGAGCCACAAAAAUCCCAAGACACAGUGAAACAGACAGGAGAUCAAGCUGCAAAGGACCCUGGAACUUCUCUUCCUGAUUACACAAAGAUCAGCCUAAGACUGAAGGAGAAAUUAAAACAGGACUACCAACGGAUAUUGAUUGGUAAUUCACAAAAGGGUCAUCGACAGAACCUGAACGAUAUAUAUACUGAUCUAUAUGUGCUGGAGAAUGAGACUGGAGGAAUAGAGAGUGAGCAUGAGGUGAUACAGAUCGAAUCGAGUCGCAACCGGCUUAUUAUUGACACACCAAUCAAAUGCAAUGAUUUAUUCAAAGUUCGGAGUGAUAGGAAUCAGCAAAAAAAAAGAGUGAUGACAAUGGGCAUUGCAGGGGUGGGAAAGACUGUCUCCGUCAAUAAAUUCAUCCUUGACUGGGCUGAAGGAGAAGAAAAUCAGGAUAUAGUCUUCAUUUUUCCACUCCCAUUCCGUAGACUGAAUUUGAUCAAAGAAGAACAGUUCAGCCUCAUAGGACUGCUUAACAAAUACUUCUUUAGUAGUCCUGAAGAACUGCCUUCUCUUCCUGAAGGUGAUGGAAAAGUCAUGUUCAUCUUCGAUGGUCUGGAUGAAUGUCGCUUCCCUUUAAGCUUUGAAGAGGAUAACAGCAUUAAAGAUGUAAAUGAAAAAACAACAGUGAGUAUUAUAAUAACAAGCUUGAUCAAAAAAGAUCUGGUUUCCUCUCUCAUCUGGAUCACCUCCAGACCAGCAGCAGCCAGUCUGAUAUCCCGAAACUACAUUGAUCAGGUGACAGAAGUGCGAGGAUUUAACGAUGAGCAGAAAGAGCAAUAUUUCAACAAAAACAGCAGUCCUGAAGUUGCUGGAAACAUCAUCCGUCACAUCAGGAAAUUCAGGAGCCUGUACAUCAUGUGCCACAUCCCCGUCUUCUGCUGGAUCUCCCUCACAGUUCUUCGGCCUCUGCUGGGUCAAAAGAGCAAUGAAAAAACACCUACAACACUCACAGGGAUGUACACAAACUUUGUAAUUUCUCAGAUGCAGCAGAUGAAAAACAAAUACAGUGAUGAUCCUGAAUCUAAGACUGAAUCUGUAAUUUUGAAGCUUGGGAAACUGGCCUUUCAUAUGCUGAUGGAAGGAAAACUGAGUUUCUACAAAACAGAUCUUGAGAAAUAUGGAAUAGAUGUCACUAAAGGGUCAGUGUUCACCGGGUUAUGCACUGAGAUCUUUCAAGAAGAAAAAGCGUUUUUAGAAACAAGUAUUUACAGCUUUAUACAUCUCAGUGUCCAGGAAUUUCUUGCUGCUCUUUAUUCAACUUUGACUGACAAAAAGGAGAAAGUAAACAUCUUUUUUAAAUCCUGGACAGAAAAACUGAUAUGGAAACUCUCUAGAAAGCCACUGUUUCUAAUUCAUAAGGCUGCAGUCAUAAAGGCUUUAAAAAGUGAGAAUGGACACCUUGAUCUUUUCCUUCGAUUCCUGCUGGGUCUCUCAAUGGAGUCCAAUCUGAGUGACAUAAAGGAACUACUGCCAGGACUAGAGCUCAAAUCAGAGAACAUGAAAGAUUCUGCUGACUAUAUAAAAAAGAAAAUACAGAAGGAGAAAUCAGUGGAAAGAACCAUCAAUCUCCUAUACUGUUUGACUGAAAUGAAGGUUGACACUGUUGAGGAAAUACAAAGGUAUCUGAGCUUGGGAGAACUUUCAGUACAGAGUCUCUCCUCUGUUCAGUGGUCUGCUCUGGUUUUCGUGCUCAUGAUGUCAGAAGAGGCUCAAGAAAAAUUUGAACUGCAGAAAUACAGAAGAUAUGAUGAAGCAGUGAUGAGAUUGUUGCCUGUGAUCAAAAACACCAAAAGAGCACUGCUGCAUAACUGUAAUCUCACUGCUCAUUGUUGUAAGAGUUUGUCUUCAGUUCUAAAAUCCUCAGUUUCUGUCCUGAGAGAGCUGGACCUGACCAACAAUGACCUAGGGGAUUCUGGAGUGAAGCUUCUUUGUGAUGGACUGAGGAGCACAGACUGUAAGCUGGAGAUUCUGAGGUUGUCUGGCUGUAUGGUGACAGAAGAAGGCUGUGGUUAUGUGUUUUCAGCUCUGAGUUCAAACCCCCUUUACCUGAGAGAGCUGGAUCUAAGCUACAAUUACCCAGGAGAUUCAGGAGUCAAGAUGCUCUCUGAAAAACUAGAGGAUCCAAACUACAAACUGGAUAAACUCAAUGUGGAUCAUGGAGGAGAGUCCAUGAUUACAGCUGGAUUAAAGAAAUAUGCCUGUUCUCUCAAACUGGAUCCAAACACAGCGCACACUGACCUUGUUCUCUCUGAAGAUUACAGAAAAGUGAGAAAUAUGAGAGAGAAAGCGGUAAAUCUGGCGCAUGCUGAUCAUCUAGACAGAUUUCAGCAUGCAUAUCAGGUGUUGUGUAAAGAGAACAUAAAAACAAAUGAACGCUGUUACUGGGAGAUUGAGUGGAGUGGACCUGAUGGUGUGCGGGUAUCAGUGUCAUAUAAGAGCAUCAACAGGAAGGGACACGGUGUUCAGUCUGAGUUUGGAUCAAAUGCCGAGUCCUGGAGUUUGUUCUGCUCUUCUGACAGAUACUUAUUUAGACACAAUGACAAAUAUAUCGAUCUCCCUGUAGAUUCCAUUAGCAGUAAUAGAAUAGGAGUGUAUGUGGAUCACAGCACAGGAACUCUGUCCUUCUACAGCGUCUCUGAAAAAAUAAGACUCAUCCACACAAUCCAGACCACAUUCACUGAGGAUCUCUAUCCUGGGUUUACUGUUUAUCCUGGGUCUCAAGAUGGAUAUGAAUCAUCAGUGAAGCUGUUGAUGAAUCAGACUGACUAGAGUUUCUACCCACGAUGAGCUGCACGAUAAAUCAGUAACAGUGAAAAUGUUAUAAACAGGGAGGAGGUCCAGCAUCUGGCCACAUGGUGCAAAGACAAUAAUCUGCUCCUUAACACUACCAAAACCAAGGAGCUCAUUGUGGACUUCAGGAAGGUGAGAAGAGUAUGUGCUCUUGUAAUUUAUAUUUAU